GAGGCGGGAGCCGCGUCGCUGCGCACGGGCUGCCCGGCCCAGGUCCGUGCCGCGGAGCCGGGAUGAGGGCGCCCGCGCUGCUGCCGCCCGCGCUGCUGACCUGCUGCGGCUGGCUGCUCGCCCCAGUGAACAGCAUUCACCCGGAAUGCCGGUUUCAUCUGGAAAUACAGGAGGAAGAAACAAGAUGUGCAGAGAUUUUAAGGGCCCAAACAGAAACGUUCAAAGCCUGCAGCGGCGUCUGGGACAACAUCACGUGCUGGCUCCCCGCGGACGUCGGCGAGACUGUCACGGUGCCCUGUCCAAAACUGUUCAGCAACUUUUAUAGCAAACCAGGAAACAUAAGCAAGAACUGCACCAGGGACGGGUGGUCAGAGACGUUCCCGGAUUUCAUGGACGCGUGCGGCUACAAUGACCCCGAAGAUGAGAGCAAGAUCACGUUUUAUAUUCUGGUGAAGGCCAUUUACACCCUGGGCUACAGUGUCUCUCUGAUUUCCCUUACAACCGGAAGCAUAAUUCUUUGCCUCUUCAGGAAGCUGCAUUGCACCAGGAACUACAUCCACCUGAACCUGUUCCUCUCCUUCAUCCUGCGGGCCAUCUCGGUGUUGGUCAAGGACGACGUUCUGUACUCCAGCUCAGGGACUCUGCACUGCCCCGACCAGCCGUCCUCCUGGGUGGGCUGCAAGCUGAGCCUGGUCUUCUUCCAGUACUGCAUCAUGGCCAACUUCUACUGGCUCCUGGUGGAGGGGCUGUACCUCCACACCCUCCUGGUGGCCAUCUUCUCCCCUAGCCGGCGCUUUGUGGCCUAUCUCCUGAUUGGAUGGGGCAUCCCCACCGUCUGCACAGGUGCGUGGGCUGCGGCCAGGCUUUCACUAGAAGACACAGGUUGCUGGGAUACCAAUGACCACAGUGUUCCCUGGUGGGUUAUACGAACACCAAUUUUAAUUUCUAUUAUAGUCAAUUUCAUCCUUUUUGUUAGUAUUAUACGAAUUUUACUGCAGAAGUUGACAUCCCCAGAUGUCGGCGGCAAUGACCAGUCACAGUACAAGAGGCUCACCAAGUCCACCCUGCUGCUCAUCCCUCUCUUUGGAGUCCACUACAUGCUGUUCGCCGUGUUUCCCAUCGGCAUCUCCUCCAAGUACCAGAUACUCUUCGAACUGUGCAUCGGAUCCUUCCAGGGCCUGGUGGUGGCGGUCCUCUACUGCUUUCUGAACAGUGAAGUGCAGAGCGAGCUGGGGAGGAUGUGGCGGCCGACUCUGUGCCCCAGCCGGCCCUCCGGCCGGGACUGCAGGCUGCACAGCUUGUCCGGCUCGAGGAGCGGCUCGGAGGGCACCCUGCAGGUCCCCCGCGGCUCCCGCGCCCUGUCCUUCCUGCAGACAGAGACCUCGGUCAUCUAGAGGUGCCUCCACACCGCAGCCCGAGCCCCCAGCCAGGGGUGCCUGGGGUGAAUCGGCUCGGACCCACUGGAGCGGGCUUGGCGUAUCCCCCCCGUGGAACCGGCUUACCUUGUAACCGCCCGGGGUUUAAACCUAACGAUUGUUACACUCCAGCAUUUCGGUAGUUUUGUGCUUUAUGUUGUUUGGCCGUGCAGACAGACCCAUUUUCAAAGAGACCAGGAAAGAUCAAGGUGGCAGUAGCCCAGGACUUGGGUCCAGCGACUGUGGAAGAAAACAGGGGAUUUUCUGAUCUCAGUGCCUGUUCUCAGGGGGCACAGGCCUGGGCUGGGAUGCUGGCCCUGAGUGACGUGGUCACCCUUCCUCUGCAUGACCUACAUCGCCGGCCUCAGCCCCCAGGUCCCACAGGGCAGCCCCUUGUGUGCAGGACACACAGGCGCCCGCUGAGGGCUUCCGUGGAAUCCUCCCGCAAGCCCAGGUGGGCCCCGCCUGGCACAGUCACGCUCACACCGCCAUCCAGGCUCUUCUUUCUGUGCCGCUGCACUCGGUUCUCCAACCCCUUUAUGAUACUGGUCCCCUUUAACAAUGAGGCCACAGAGUCUUCGUUCUGAGGCAUCACAGACCUGAGCGCAAGUGCCAGCCAUCGGGAUGACUGGCUCCAGGGGGCGGGGCCUGGCA